GAUCAAGUUCCGAUAUCACGUUGUAGUGAUGAUUGCUUACCUGGGACAUUUCGAAAAUUUAGCAGUGUUAUCUCAUGUUGUUGGGAAUGUAUUCCAUGCGUACGCAAUGCAAUCUCCAAUUCUACUAACGCUGAAUAUUGUUAUAAUUGCUUACCUGGUCAAGUAGCCAGUAGUAACUUGUCCGAAUGUAUUGAUAAAGCUCCUAUCACCUUUCAGUGGAAUGGUCCUUUAUCAAUUACAGUUUUUAUUUUAGCUGGAAUCGUUUACUUAAUGAUCUUAGUGACAUGGAUUAUUAUCAUGAAACAUCGUCAAUCGCCAGUGGUGAAAGCAUCCAAUACAUUAUUAACCAAUUUUCUUCUCAUCGGUAUAACAGCUUGUGCUACUUCAGCGGUUGGAUUUAUCGCACCGAUAUCACUUGUAUCCUGUAAGCUUGGUCUUUUUAUAUCUGUUAUUUCACUUGUCUUUAUUUUAUCCACCAUUAUGGCUAAAACUAAUCGAGUAUCCAAAAUAUUUCAAAGUGCCUUAAGUCAUUCUAAAAAUUCUUCUGCAUUUCUUAAAAAUAGUACACAAGCAUUUUUUGUUAUUUGCUUGACUAGUAUCGAAAUCGUUCUUACCUUUAGCUCGUUAGCGGUCGAUCCGAUAGAAAUCAAUCGCUAUUUAUCACAUAAUAAUGAAGUCUAUUUACAGUGUAACACACGAUACAAAAUCACUUUUUACUCAACAAUAUCCUAUCUUAUUGUAUUAAAUAUGGUUUGCCUUUAUUUGGCUUUUAAAACCAGAAAAUUACCUGAAAAUUAUAAUGAAGCAAAAUUUAUCAGUUUUACAUCCUUAAUUAUUACUUGUUUUUUAUCAACAAUUAUUCCAGCUUACUUUUCUACCAUUGGUUCAUUUCGAGCUGGAGUAGCAUCCAUUGGUUUAUUAUGUCUAUCAUGCGCUAUCCUUUGCUGCAUGUUUUUACCAAAGGUCUAUAUUCUGCUAUUCGAAUCGAACACAAACACCAAAGAA